GACCGGGGCGUGGUGGUUCGCAGUUGGCCCCAGUCGGUUGGCCGCGACGCUCGUCCCCGAGCAGCUCUUCGAACAACGCACCCUGCGCCACGCGACCCGUGCGACGCCCCUCCUACGCGCACCCGCGAGGAACCGCGACAUGCCGGCAGCAGGGCGAGUGGCAGGGCGCACGACUCCAGGAGCGGGCGCGGCGGCGUGGUGGGCGCUCCUGUGGCUGGGCGCCGCGUGCCAGGUGGUGGCUGCUGCGGGGGCGGGUGCUGGCGGCGGCGACGCGGCGGCGAGUGGCUCAACGCCGAACGAAGAGUGCCAGGUUACCCCCGUAAUCCACGUCUUGCAGUACCCCGGCUGUGUGCCCAAGCCCAUUCCCUCGUUCGCGUGCACCGGUCGCUGCUCGAGCUACCUCCAGGUGUCUGGAUCCAAGAUUUGGCAGAUGGAGCGCUCCUGCAUGUGCUGCCAAGAAAGCGGCGAGCGAGAGGCCAGCGUGUCACUAUUUUGUCCUAAGGCGAAACCCGGCGAACGAAAGUUCCGAAAGGUCUCGACAAAAGCCCCACUUGAGUGCAUGUGCCGGCCUUGCACCGGGGUUGAAGAAAGUGCAAUCAUACCCCAAGAGAUUGCUGGCUAUGCUGAUGAAGGCCCCUUAAGCCACCACUUCAGAACUUCUUCAUGAAUCCUAAUUGAAUCGGAAUAACAGCAUGUGUUAAGGAUUUUCCAAUGAACCAAACCUUCAAUACUCUGUCAUAAAUUACUUAAUUCUAUAAAGCAUUCCAGUAAACCUAUAAUGCAGAAGAAUGCGAGGAAGAAGAAAACUGAAACCACUAUGCUUUUACAUGAGACUUCCGUUUUCUUGUUCCUUGCAUUCUUCUGCAUUUCAGCUUCACCGGAUUGCUUUAUUUAUCGGACAUCUUACAGAGUCACUACUGGUGCUCAGUGUAUAAUCUUAAUAUUGCAGCAAAAAGACCCAAUAAAAAGUAAAUUUAAA